AUGGACCGAAGCUAUACAAAUACUUCGGAUGCGAGGACAGCUUUGAUAAGCCAGAGCGACACCUGCACAGCUAGUGAAGCCCAUCACAACCUCCCACUAUCACCAGUGCACCAAUUACGCAUCGCAACCCUACCUCCGGUCCCAGUCUUAUCUUUGCCGACGCCCACUCUCCUCCCACCUGCUACUGCUAUGUAUAGCAAUUUCCCUGAUAGCUACACGGCGGAGAGCGAUUACAUGAGCAAUGGAAACGGCUCCUGGCCGCAGCAGGACGAGGAAUCUCUCUAUUAUCCUCAAUAUACAGCGCUGUCUCAACCUGGUCCUCCCACAACCCUAUAUGAGCAGAACCAGAUGCAUCCUGCGCUGCAAACGGGACCAGGUCAAAACCCCUCACCCACUUCGUAUGCGGCCACAGCUGAGAAGCCGAAGCCUCGAAAGGCCUUACUGUUUUCUCCUAUGAAGAUUGGGGACGAAUUCACACUAACAAGAGACCUUACAAGGCAAGACCCUAAUCAGGCCAUCAUAAACGGAGUGAACAAGCUGCUCAACGAACAGAAGCAAGUUAUUAUGGAGGCGAUUGAGACAACAAGGGUUGAAUUGCGGACACUCGGCCUCAGCACCAAUACUUAA